AAAUUUCAUGUCACUAAAUGUAAGUUUGGGCCUGAAAAAUCUGUAGGAUGUGUUGCGUAGCAUAAUAAUUGAAUGGUUUCCUCUUCUUCUCUCAGUUUAUCCAACACUGACCGUAGCAAAAUGCCAUUGGGAGAGGAUGGACACUCUUGGAAAAAGAAAACAUCGAACAUCAAGGACAUCUAUGACUUUAAAGAAGUUUUGGGAACAGGGGCUUUUUCUGAGGUGAUGCUCGCAGAGGAGAAGAGGACGAGAAAGCUAGUGGCGAUAAAAUGCAUCCCGAAAAAAGCUCUGGAGGGGAAAGAGAACAGCAUUGAAAAUGAGAUCGCCGUGCUCCACAAGAUUAAACAUGCCAACAUAGUUUCCCUGGAGGACAUCUUUGAGAACAAAUCCCACCUCUACCUUGUCAUGCAACUGUGAGUGAUUGAUCAUUAAUUUCACCUUUGCUGUCGCCCCAUAUUUUCAUGCUUCCUACAUGGAGUAUGUGAGCCCACCUCCAAACAAUUCAGCUCUUAUCUAGUGCAGCUGCCAUGUGCUGGUUGCCGUUUUUAGCUCCUUAUCUCAAACUCGUUUAUUUCCGUGACUUAAAAGCUCUCAAGGUUCAGAUGAUGUGUGGCUUUUAUGGUAAACAAAUCCCUAAAGAUCUCAAUGUUGGCCAAAAGCCAACUUUAAAGCAUCUGUAUGCAACAAAUAAAAAUGCAAAGGCAUUAUUCCAAUGAAUAUUAUUGCUAUCAAACAUAAUUAUAGACAUUUAGACCCGAAACAUUCUCUA